CCCGAUUCGAAUCCCUUUGCGAAUGCGUAUCUAAUUUUUGAUUUUCAAAGAUGAAUUUGGACGAUGUUUUGCCCACCGUUGGUGAGUUUGGCAAAUAUCAGAAAUUAGUUUUGUGGUUCAUUUUAUUGCCAGGAGUGUUUCCCUGCGGUUUUCAUGCCUACAAUCAACUUUUUAUGGCUGCUACGCCGGAUCAUUGGUGUAAAAUAGUGGAACUCCCCGAUGCCAACCCCAAAGAACUAAGAAAUUUAAGCAUACCUAUUGAAAAAACGCUUGAUGGUCAAGAAAGAUACAGCCAGUGUUUUAUGUACGAUUUAAAUUAUAACAAGUCGAUGUUUAGUGGUAGUUUAAAGGAUACUACUGCCAAAAUUCCUUGCAAAAAUGGUUGGGUCUAUGAUACUGAUAGCAACACGCAAACAGUUGUGAUGGAGUGGGAUUUGGUUUGUUCGAAAAGCUUGUCCACAACACUUGCUUUAGUUUUAUUGGGCAUCGGUGGGCUUAUAGGAAACUAUAUUUUUGGAUACAUCCAAGAUGGCCUCGGUAGAAAACCAGCCUUUUUUAUUUACCUCUUUAUCCAGUGUUUCUUCGGGAUUGCCACAGCUUUCUCUCCAAAUUUUAUAACAUGGGCUAUUUUUAGAUUUUGUGUAGGUUUUACAGUGCCUGCUAUUUUGGGAACACCAUAUGUUCUAGCUAUUGAAUUGGUUGGUCCAAGAGAUCGGACUUUAGUAACGAUUUUAAUUAACAUAGCCUACUCUUUAGCUUUAGUUUCUUUGGCUAUAAUAGUAUGGGCUUUAAGAGAGUGGAGAAUUUUGGCAUUAGCAACAACUUUGCCGUUUAUAUCAUUGUUUUUCCAUUGGUGGCUUUUACCUGAAAGUCCCAGAUGGCUAUUGGCUCAGGGAAGAUACGAGGAAGCAAAGAAAAUUCUCCUCACCAUGGCUAGAGUGAAUGGAAAAAAAGUUCCAGAGAAUUUUAUGUCAAAAAUAGAGGAAAAAAUGAAAACACAACAAAAAUUAAACCAACUAUCGUCCACGUACGGGAUAAAAGAUCUUUUUCGUUCGAAGAAUUUAAGAUGGAAAACAAUUAUUAUUACGUUCAUUUGGUUUACAAAUACCAGUGUGUAUGUAGGGCUUUCAUAUUACGCGCCUGCUUUGGGAGGUGACGAGUUUUUAAACUUUUUUCUGGCUGGGGCGGUGGAAAUGCCCACAUACCUGUUUUUGUGGCCGGCAAUGGAAAGAUGGGGCAGGCGGUGGACUUUGUGUAUAAGCAUGGUUGUUGGAGGGUCAGCCUGCUUAGCAACCUUUUUAGUAGAAAAUGAUUUUUACGUGACGUUGGGACUCUACUGCAUUGGAAAAAUGGGUAUUUCUUCUUCAUUUGUAGUAUUACCCUUAAUGGCUUCAGAAUUAUAUCCCACAGUGGUUCGGGGUCUUGGUAUGAGUAUAAGCUCUGUUAUGGGUAUGCUGGGACCUAUAUUUAUACCUUUAGUAAAUUAUCUGGGUACUGAUAUGUUGACUUUACCAUUGAUAAUAAUGGGUACGAUGUUGGUAAUGGGAGGAGCCUGCUCUUUACUACUGCCAGAAACUUUAAAUCAACCUCUUCCGCAAACUUUGGAAGAUGCUGAAGAAGCCGGUCUUGAUUUUUUUGCAAGCUGCCCAACACCAGCACGACAUCAAAAUGAAAAUAUUCACCAAUGUUAAAGCUCAAAUAUUUUUAUUUUGUAACACUUAACAUUUUUUGUGCACUGUAAACGUUUUUAAUAUAAUGCAAUAAUAUUGUAUUUGCCCUAACUUAUUUUAUUUAUAUUUACAUAUUUUAUUAUCAACAAAAAACAUGUUUAUAGAUUUCUAUUUUUUAAAUGUCAUGUAAGGUUUUAGAAUUAACUAAGUCAUAAAUAUAAUAAUUAUUAUUUGUACAAGUUAAACUGACCAA